AUGGCUACAUUUACAAGCAACAGCGUUGCAGGGAAAACUAGCAUGCCACAAUUUCUCUGUAAAACAUUCUAUUUCACUCUUCUGGUUUGGUUCCUAUAUUUUUGCAAUGACCAACAAUGUAAUGGGAGGAGUGAUCAGAACUAUGAGCAUGAAAAUGCUGUGCGCUCUACUGCCGGUAGAUCCUUAGCAGUAGUACGAAGAAUGGGAAAGCACAACCCUCCACUCAGAACCCGUGUAGUAAAGGAAGUUACCCGUGGAGGCUUCAAAGAGUAUGAAGAAAAAUAUGAAUCUAAGCAUUACAAAUUAAAGGAAAAUGUAGAUGACAAAAAUAAGGACUGUGAUGAAAAGUACGAAGCAGCAAAUUACGGAUUCAGAGAAAAGUGCCCAUACGAAGUUGAUCCAUAUAAUCGUGGACAAGGACCCGAUAUUUUAUUAUUGAAAAAAAUGUUCCACCAGAAUUUGAAAAGGGACGAAGAUGAUGAUGAGGAUGAAGAUGAAGAAGAAACACUAGAAGGUAACGUACCUGGUUCCUCAGAUGCAUGCGACAAGGGAUCUGGCAAAAAAAAGAAAAAACGCAGUUCCAAAGCAGAUGAUGAAUAUCCCACCAUAAUAAAAGAAUACGAAGAAGAAAUUGGCCCAUCAGGAUAUCCUUCAAAAAUGGGACCACGAGGCAGAUCACAACAACCCAGAAGACAGGGUGUACAAAAUGCCCACCAUGCAGGAAACAGACAACACUCAGGCGACCACGUGAGAGGAUAUGGACCAGCUCCAAGAGGAAGACGCCCAGUUAGAGGAGAAUAUGACGAUGAAGAAAUGAUGGAAUAUGGACCAUCUCAAAGAGGAACACGCUCACUUAGCAGAGAAUAUGACGAUGAAGAAAUGAUGGAAUAUGGACCAUCUUCAAGAGCAAGAGGCGGAUAUGAAGUAUUAGAAGCUGACGCACCAUAUCAAUCAAAAGAAUAUCUGUCAAGGUCACAACCACAGGGACAAGUAAAGAAGCCACAAGGACAAACUCCACAACCCAAACCCACCACCCCCACCGUAAGUACACCAGCCACAUCCACCACCCCCACCGUAAGUACACCAGCCAAACCCACCACGCCCACUGUAACUGAAAAAGCGACAGACGACAAGUCCUCCACAAAAGAUGACAAAUCCAAGGACAAAUCCAAGGACAAAUCCAAGGACAAAUCCAAAAAGGACAAAUCCAAGGACAAAUCCAAAAAGGACAAAUCCAAAAAGGAUAAAUCCAAGAAAAAAUAA